UCUCUGGGGCGAUAGAAACUGGCCGGGGGAGUGUCACUGGCUAGAAGCACUUUCUUCCUGUUUCACUCCAACUAGCCAACUUCGAUUUAUUCCUUGUCAUUUUGUGAGUGUCGGAGAACAUAAGCUCCACAAAAGUCAUCCUUAGUUCGUGAGCUACUUGCCAGCUGCUGCUAGCACGCGUUUCACGACCCCGGGCUUCGUGUCGAGGUGGUGAGACCAUCUAAGAGUUGGUGUGUUUCCAGGUGUGGAGCAUGUGGACGUCCUGCUGUAACUGGUUCUGUCUGGACACUGCCACGGUGGAGGAGAGCAACAGCAGCAUGCGUCACCAGGCCUAUACUAACUCAGGUUACAGCAGCUACCCAUCGCCCCCACUCCCGGAACACACAUGCAAAGCCUGCGGAAGCCGCUUCGUCACCCUUGUCAGAAAGCAUGUAUGCGUGGACUGCAAGAAGAACUACUGCGGCAGUUGUUCGGCACAGCUUGAGCCCCGGCAACGCCUUUGCCACACUUGCCAGCGGUUUCACGGCACGCUUUUCGAGCGCACCGAGCUGAUGAAGCUCAAGGUGAAGGACCUGCGCGACUACCUCCACCUGCACGAGGUCUCAACACAGAUGUGCCGUGAGAAAGAGGAACUGGUGGAGCUGGUCCUGGGACAGCAGACACCAUCAUCCUCUGGUCCAAUCAUAAACCCUCUGACCCAAACACAGACCCCCACCGUGACCCAGCAUGAGACAACUCCUCUUCCAGCCCCCACUACUACCACCACCACCACACCCUCCACACACCCCGACCCCACCUCCACAGACAAUGUCCCUUCACAGCCGCCACCCACUCAGGAGGGCAGUCAGACCCCGUCUGUGUUGUUGCCCUUGGGUCCUGAGGAGCCACUGGACACUGAGGGAGAUACAGAGCUGCAGGGAGAGCAGGAGCUGCAGUCCUCAGACACAGAUGAGGUGCUGGCACCAGGCCGCAGGGCGUCGCUGUCAGACCUGGCCACGGCAGAUGACAUCGAGGCCCUCAGCGUCCGGCAGCUCAAGGAGAUCCUAGCCCGUAACUUUGUCAACUACAAGGGCUGCUGCGAGAAGUGGGAGCUAAUGGAGAGGGUCACCCGCCUCUACCAUGACCAGAAGGACCUCCAGAAUCUGGUUUCAAGUACAAAUGACGGCACAGACCCCAGUGGUACCCCUGGCCAGGAAGAGAACCUGUGUAAGAUCUGCAUGGACUCUCCUAUUGACUGUGUCCUGCUGGAGUGCGGCCACAUGGUCACCUGCACCAAGUGUGGCAAGAGGAUGAACGAGUGCCCCAUCUGCAGGCAGUAUGUGGUGCGCGCCGUUCACAUCUUUAGAGCCUGAGACCUACUAAGCCUUGGGAAUCUCCCCCCCACCUACCUCCCGUAAAUUAACAAGGGACUUGCUACAUGUGGCCUUACCACCCAUAGGGCGGCAGGGUAGCCUAGUGGUUAGAGCGUUGGACUAGUAACCGGAAGGUUGCAAGUUUGAACCCCCGAGCUGACAAGGUACAAAUCUGUCAUUCUGCCCCUGAACAGGCAGUUAACCCACUGUUCCUAGGCCGUCAUUGAAAAUAAGAAUUUGUUCUUAACUGACUUGCCUAGUUAAAUUAAAAUUGUACUUAAAAAAAAAAUAGGCUAGACCAGGGGUAUUCAACUCUUACCAUAUGAGGUCCGGAGGCUGUUGGUUUUCUGUUCUACCUGAUACAUAUUUGCAUCUACCUGGUGUCCAAAGUGUAAAUCAGUCUGUGAUUAGAGGGGAACAAUGGAAUAAAAGCAUUGGAACUGGCUUUGAGGUCCAGAGUUGAGUUUGAGGGGACUAACCUCCUCUCCCUCCAGUUCUCCACUGCUCUGAUGGUCCUGGAGACCCAGAGUACUGGUUCCCCCUGCUGGAGGGAUGACCAGGGGAGGUUAUACCUUCAAGAAACCACACAAACCCAAUGACUGGACAUGGGCACUUCCUCCUUUUAUUGACUGGACUCCUACAGCUCAUAUCUUAAAGCCGAUAAGGAUAUUAUGUCAUAUUAUUAGAAUAAGAGUGCCUAAUAACAUAUGUAUUUUUCCUUUGGAGACCUAUUACAAGUAAAUACAGUAAGGGGUCAUAUAUGACCCCUUACUGUAUAUGUAUAUAUGUAUGUAUGUAUAUGUAUGAAUGUAUGAAGGAACUGUGUGUGUGUGUGUGUGGUGUGUGUGUAUAUACAUACAUACACACACACACCCACACAGUUCCUUCGGAAAGUAUUCAGAACCCUAGACUUUUCCCACAUUUUGCUACGUUAUAGCCUUAUUCUAAAAUGUAUUCAAUUAUUUUUCCCCCUCAUCAAUCUACACACAAUACCCCAUAAUGAACAAGCAAAAACGGUUUCUUAAAAAAAAAAUGUUUUCUAAUUUAUUAAAAAUAUAAAACUGAAAUAUCACAAGUAUUCAGACCCUUUCCUCAGUACUUUGUUGAAGCACCUUUUGGCAGCGAAUACAGCCUCGAGUCUUCAUGUGUAUGACUCUACAAGCAGAUCCUGCAGAUCCUCUCAAGCUCUGUCAAGUUGGAUGGGGAGCGUUGCAGCACAGCUAUUUUCAGGUCUCCAGAGAUGUUCGAUCGGGUUCAUGUCUGGGCUCUGGCUGGGGGUACUCAAGGACAUUCAGAGACUUGUCCCAAAGCCACUCCUGUGUUGUCUUGGCUGUGUGCUUAAGGUUGUUGUCAUGUUGAAAGGUGACCCUUCUCCCCAGUCUGUGGUCCUGAGCACUCUGGAGCAGGUUUUCAUCAAGGAUCUCUCUCUAUUUUGCACCAUUCAUCUUUCCCUCGAUCCUGACUGGUCUCCCAGUCCAUGCUGCUGAAAAACAUCCCCACAUCAUGAUGCUGCCACCAUGCUUCACCGUAGAGAUGGUGCCAGGUUUCCUCCAGACGUGACACUUGGCAUUCAUGCCAAAGAGUUCAAUCUUGGUUUCAUUAGUCCAGAGAAUCUUGUUUCUCAUGGUCUGAGAGUCCUUUGGUGCCUUUUGGUAAACUCCAAGCAGGCUGUCAUGUGCCUUUUACUGAGUGCCUUCCGUCUGGCCACUACCAUAAAGGCCUGAUUGGUGGAGUGCUCCAGAGAUGGUUGUCCUUCUGGAAGGUUCUCCCAUCUCCACAGAGGAGUACUGUUAGUGUGACCAUCAGGUUCUUGGGCACCUCCCUGACCAAGGCCCUUCUCUACUGAUUGCUCAGUUUGGCAGAGCGGCCAGCUCUAGGAAGAGUCUUGGUGGUUCCAAUCUUCUUCCAUUUAAGAAUGAUGGAGGCCACUGUGUUCUUGGGGACCUUCAAUGCUGAGAAAAAAACAUGUUGUACCCUUCUCAAGAUCGGUGACUCGACACAAUCGUGUCUCAGAGCUCUACUGACAAUUCCUUCGAUCUCAUUGCUUGUUUUUUGCUUUGACAUGCACUGUCAACUGUUGGACCUUAUAUAGACAGGUGUGUGCCUUUCCAAAUCAUGUCCAAUAACUUGAAUUUGCUAAAGGUGGACUCCAAUCAAGUUUUAGAAAUAGGAUAAUCAAUGGAAACAAAAUGCACCUGAGAUCAAUUUCGAAUCUCAUAGCAAAGGGUCUGAAUACUUAUGUAAAUAAGGUAUUUCUGUUUUUAAUAAAUGAGCUUUGUCAUUAUUGGCUAUUGUGUAUAGAUUGACGAGAAACAUUUCAAUUAAUCAAUUUUAGAAUAAGGCUGUAACGUAACAAAAUAUGGGAAAGGGGACGGGGUCUGAAUACUUUCCGAAUGCAUUGUAUAAGCCCCAAGUGCUCUUAAUAAUAGAUUGUAUUCAUGUAACUGUUAGAGUUGAACCCCAGUAAAAGGGAAAGCAGUUACAUUAGUGGUUGAGCUGAGAACACAUCCAUAGGAUUUCUCUGUGUCUGUCGUUUCUCUGCAUUUGGAAAAGCAGCAACGUCCACUGUGGUGGUAGAGUUUAAAUGCCUUAAGUCUGUUAAGGGUUCAGAGCUUGAUAAGUUACAGCGGCCAGGGAAAUACCUGCAGAUUGGGGCUGGCUGGCUCACAUUCUCCCAGCGUGCCGCUUGUGCCUGGGGCCUCCAACUCAAAACUGUGUUGCUGUGUGCCAGAAAUGAAAUGCAUGCUUGUUCUGUAACCCAUAGACACUGCAUACAUUGUUUCUCAAUUAAGCCAGUUGACAUAAGCAAAGUUGACAGACGUUCACUCAAUCCCUCUGCUGUGGAAUCAGGUGGAGACACGGUUUUAGUGCUUACACGUUAGCCUGGUCCCAGAUCUGUUUAUGCUGAAUUGCCAACUCCUAUGGUUAUUGUCAUGUCAAACCGAGAGUACCCUGAAGGAGAGGCCUUUUUUCCCCAUGCAAACGGCACUACCCACCAUACUUUGUACGUACACACUACGGGUGCCAUGCACCAACGAGGAGAGUGGACCGUGAAGGUGACAAGGACCAGAGACGUCCUGACCAGCGCAACAAACUAAUGAGGCAGAAUUACUUAAGAAGCUUCUGACCUAAGGGGUUUGCAUGACAACGACCAUAGGAGUUGGCUAUACAGCACAAACAAAUCCGGGGACCUGGCUACUUAUGCUGACAGUGGGAGAGAAUAUGUGGAUCAGUGGUCCUUCACUACUCCAACUAUAUCCAAGUGCUUUAUCCUUCCAAUACUCAACCGCUCGUUGACUGUAUUGAUAUCUUUCAACAUUGACCAAAGGCCCUUACCCAUGCUAUAGUAUUUAGAAUUGAGAUAAAUCCAACCAUGUCAGGAUAGCCUGGUGUAUCUAGAUCUAGUUGUGCAUAAUAUGUGUUUUCAUGACACAUGUACAUGAAAGAUGAGUUGUCAAAAGUACAAGCAGAUAUUUGGCAUUGCCCAAGAUGAAGGUUAACUCUUAAAGACAUCUCAUCUGUUUGGCUGUUUGGUUAAGUACCUUAACUCCAAGAUGAUUUAAUUAAUGGAGUUGAGUGCAGACUAGAGUUAUUUAGAAAAAAUAUAUAUAUAUUUACGAACCUCCAACUCCUUCGAGUCGCUGUGCAGUUGAUAAUUAAUUAUUUUUCAAAUUCUUAAUCCCGUACCAUGUUUGUCCUCUGUUUGCAUGCCUUUCUUUGAUGAAAUCCAUAAUUUUUAAUAAAACUUAGUCAAAUACAACCACUGACUGUUUCCUUUUUGAGAGAUUUAAUUGACACAUGCGCAUUCACGCUGAGUUGCCAUCUUAGAACAACAGCAAUGAAAAAAGUCGGUUGUAUUUUGAUUAACGUGUAAUUAAAAAGUAGGCAUUUUUGCAAACAAAGGCCUGAAACAACAAAGAUAGGUACACGGUAAGGGUUUAAGAAUUUACAUUUUUGAAGAAUCGACUGGGAGGUUCAAUUAAACUCUAGUCUGUGCUCAACUUUGAGUUGAGGAACUUGGCUACCAUUUGGCAUGAGUCUAAAGGUUCAACAAUGGUGAAAGUGUCUUGAACAAUGCAUUGUCCAUGAUCAGCUAUAGGUAUAACUCUCUGAUUUAAUGACAGGUAGUUGAGUGGUUUGCAUACUCCAGUGCUAGACCUCCAGUCCCUCCCUAUCCCUACUGACCAUAAUGAAAGAUAGACUCUUAAUAAGUGGCUUUCAAAAACCAGCACCUUUAUUCAUGACAGUGAGCACACAAUGUACUUUUGAAAAGAAUGCAACGUUGUGAAAUCGUGUGCUUGAUCGGUUAGAUGGAAAAUGUGUAUUGUCAAGAUGAUAGAGCACUAAGCUACAUUAAAUCAAUUAAGCUCUGUAUAGCAUAAGGAAGGAGUCUGGAAUUAAGAUGGCUCCUUUUUGUCCCAAAUUUCACCCUCUCUCCAAAAUAGUGCACUAUAUAUAGGGGAUGGGGUGCAAUUUGGGACACCGGCAUUGCUUGAUGAAAAGAAGUGUACUUGACCUACAGUACCAGUCAAAAGUUUGGACACGCCUACUUAUUCAAGGAUUUUUCUUUGUAGUGAAGACAAUGUAGAAAAUAGUAAAAAUUAUCUAUGAACUAACACAUAUGGCAUCAUGUAGUAACCAAAAAAGUGUUAAACAAAGAUUUAUUCUGAGUAGCCAUCCUUUGCCUUGAUGACAGCUUUGCACACUCUUGGCAUUCUCUCAACUAGCUUAACAUGGAAUGCUAUUCCAACCAUCUAGAAGGAGUUCCCACAUGCUGAGCACUUGGUGGCUGCUUUUCCUUUACUCUGCAGUUGUCCUCGUCAUCCCAAACCAUCUCAAUUGGGUUGAGGUUGGAUGAUUGUGGAGGCCAGGUCAUCUGAAGCAGCACUCAUCACUCUCCUUCUUGGUCAAAUAGCCCUUACACAGCCUGGAGGUGUGUUGGGUCAUUGUCUUGUUGAAAAAUAAAUGAUAGUCCCACUAAGUGCAAACCAGAUGGGAUGGUGUUUUGCUGCAGAAUGCUGUGGUAGCCAUACUGGUUAAGUGCGCUUUGAAUUCUAAAUAAAUCACUGACAUUGUCACCAUCACACCUCCUCCAUGCUUCAUGGUGGAAACGACAUGUGUAGAUCAUCCGUUCACCUACUCUGCGUCUCACAAAGACACGGCGGUUGGAAUCAAAAAUGUCAAAUUUUGACUCCUCAGAUCAAAGGACAGACUUCCACCGGUCUAAUGUUCAUUGCUCAUGUUUCUUGGCCCAAGCAGGUCUUCUUACUCCUUUAGUGGUGGUUUCUUUGCAGCAAUUCGACCAUGAAGGCCUGAUUCACGCAGUCUCCGCUGAACAGUUGAUGAUUAGAUGUCUGUUGCUUGAACUCUGAAGCAUUUAUUUGGGCUGCAAUUUCUGAGGCUGGUAACUAAUGAACUCUAAUGAAUGGAGCCAGUUUCAUCAUAGCGCUUGAUAGUUUCUUCAAGUGCAGUCGCAAAAACAUUCAGUUCUUGAAAUGAUCCGGAUAUAUUUGGAUUUGUUUAACCCAUUUUUGGUUACUACAAAAACUAUUUCAUAGUUUUGAUGUCUUCACUAUUAUUGUACAAUGUAGAAAAUAGUAAAAAUAAAAAGCCUAUGAAUGAGUAGGUGUGUCAAAUUUAGACUGGUACCAUAUUUUUCUUACUGAUAAAUUAGGCUUUUUGAAUUUAUUUACUUGACUUUGAUUUUUAGGUUGCGAUUAGAUUUUUAGCAUCUGCAAAAGAGUUCAUAAAUACCAUUGAAUUUACAGACCUUGAAUUUACAGAUGUGACUUGUCUUUAUUUUCCACCAGAUCUCUUAACAGCAUUUUGAGCCAAACAUUCUAUUUUCUUAACUGCUUUGAUACAUCUCUGAAAGACUCUUUAAUAUAAAAACUACCAAAUAAUUGUAGGUACAUUCUUCUGAAUUUCUUCUAAUAAAAAUAUUUCCACAUUU